AUGACAACAACUUCAUCAAACACCAUGUUUGCUACCUCCUCUAAUCAAAUUCCCAUUUUCGAUGGAGAAUUGUACGAGUACUGGAGUGCCCAAAUGGAGCCAAUUUUCAUCUCUCAAGAUCUGUGGGAUAUCGUCCAAGAAGGCUACGAAGAUCCACAGGACGAGGAUGAAGACUCGAAGAAACGAGCAGGCAAGCAGACAAAGGAGUACAAGGAGAAUGCCAAGCAAAAUGCCAGCGCAUUGAGAAUAAUUCAGCAAGCAGUGAGCAAAUCAAUUUACCCCAGAAUCUAUGGCAUCAAAAAGGCCAAAGAAGCUUGGGAUGUCCUGCGUGAACAAUUUCAAGGCUCUGAAAAGGCAAUCUCUAUCAGGCGCCAAAGUUUAUGGCGACAGUUCGACAACUUGAUGAUGAAGGAAACCGACACCAUCAAAGACUUCCAUUCGCGUGUGGCGGAGACAGUCAACCAGAUCAAAGCCACCGGUGAUGUCAUGGAAGAAAGAAAAAUUGUGGAGAGAAUUCUCCGCAAUUUAUCAUCAAAGUUCGAGCAUAUUGUUGCUGUCAUUGAAGAAACCAAAGAUCUGGCAAAUCUACCAAUGAGCGAGUUAAUGGGCUCACUUAUAGCACACGAGCAAAGAAUGAGCCGCUUCACCAAACCCCCAUUGGAGCAAGCUUUCUCGUCAAAAGUCAACAUGGUGGAAAGUAAAUAUGCCAAAUCGGAGCAAGGCCAGAGAGGGGGAAACUCACAAGGAAGAGGAAGAGGAAGAUCCAAUUACAGAGGAAACAACAGACAAAAUUAUCAACAACAAAGAUCGGGCUACACCGGCUCGAGUUGCAUUAUUUGCAAAAAGGCGGGUCAUGCAACAAAAGAUUGCAGAUUCAAGUGCACCAAGUGCAGAAUUUAG